UCUGUUGCUGCAGAGUUACAUUAUUUUUCCUGCAAACUCUAAACCAUUUUUUUUUUCUUAGGGUUAGGUGUGCUUAUAAUGUGUGACCGUCUCUAGAAAGGAUUGAUUUUGCUGGAAAUUAUUAUAUUGAAAACUUAUAACUUGGAGAUUUGAGACAUGGCGACCCCAGCUUCUCAAUUGCCUUCUACAAUAAAUCGAAUAUUGGACCUAUUCACUAAUUUUUCUGAAGGCUUGACAGAUAAAAUUAUGGAAGAGAAUCUUAGAGGUGUUGAACUGGGAGUCAGAGUUCAGGCAAUCAACUCGCUACUUCAAAAACGUCAAAUCCAAAUGUUCAAGCAGGGUGAUUUCAUAGUAUAUAAGAGACAAGCAAAAGAUGAAUCUGGAAGGUUUAGGGGUCUCUCAACUGAAGACAUGCUUGUAUAUCAAGCCAUUCAAAAGGCUGGAAAUAUGGGUAUAUGGACCAAGGAUAUGAAAAGAGAAACAAAUUUGCAACAGCCACAGAUUACAAAAGCAAUAAAAAAUCUUGAAACCCGAAGCCUAAUAAAAGGAGUGAAGCCCGUUUCUAAUCAAGCAAAGAAAGUUUAUAUGCUGGCAGAAUUGACACCUUCAAAGGAAAUAACUGGUGGAGCAUGGUACACAGGUUAUAGCAACUAUUGGGAUAUUACUGUAUGUUCACAGCAUGAUAAUGAUAACUUUAAUCACAUUUAUAGUAUCACUUUUAAUUUUCAAUAUUUUAAUUUUAUUAUUACUAUUUAUUAUUUAAUUCUAUUUCAAAGUGGGUACAUUACAAGGAAUCGUGAGAACAUGAUGUUUGAAUACAAAUCAAACUUGCAGCCUAGAGCAACAAGUGAAUGGAGUUUUUCAGGCAGAACUCAGAGACCCGGGUUGCAUUUUUGUCUACCCAAGGUGUACCUGUAUUCAGUAGAGGUGGGCCCUGUGCUCUUGAAGAAACUGAUAUUGGAUAUGCUGGUGCUAGAUGGCAGUGUGGAGAAAGUCAGAAGCACUGGAACUGGGGACUUUAUUUCCAUUCCUGUGAAUGAGUUUUGCUUUAGGGUUUCUCAAACUCGUAUUCAAGAGUCAUCAGCAUUCACAGAUAUUCCUUGUGGAGUUUGUCCUGUUUUACACGAGUGCACAGAUGAUGGCUUGAUUUCCCCCAAAACAUGUAUUUACUAUAAAAAGUGGUUGGCAUUUUAGGAGGAAUCAUCCAGUGAACUAUUUAAAAAAUUGGAGUUAAAGGUUGCAAGUGCUUUAGUAGCUCCCAUUUUCCUAAUCCAAGUAAAGGAGUACACGAAUUGUUAUAUUGUGGUCAAAGGAAAAGUGACACAUCUUAAUGUUCCCAUCUUUCGAAGUUCGUUAUAGAUGAUCUGGGACAGUUUGAGAAUAAUCAGCACUCGUUUGGAUCCUCUUUCUUUACCAGUUAGAACAGAAAGUAAAUUAGAAGGGCUCUUUGAAAUUUUCGUGGCCAAUGGAGUCUAGCAGAAAAAAUGUAACACAUGUAUCUGACCAAUAAACUAUCAUUAAUUGUUAUAUUGUGGUCAAAGGAAAAGUGACGUUUUAAUGUUCCCAUCUUU